UCACAGAUUGCAGGGCUUGCAAUUGGAAGGUUUUUCCUAGUAUCUGCUUAUUAUUUUGCAGCUUUGCUCUCUCUGGCUGGAAAUGCAGUCGUCAUCAAGGCAUUUAAAGAAAUUGGGAGGAAGUCACGAAGAAAAGUCCAUCAUUUUUUCAUAAUGAACUUGUCCCUGGCCGACUUACUGUUUUCGGUAGAGAAUAUCCCCAUAAUUUACACUCACUUGAUAUUGGAGGGUGCAUGGCAAAUUCACGGCCGUUUUGGAGAUUUUCUUUGCCGACUUGAUAUGUUCUUCUCAGCGCUCUUAAUACUGACCUCCAAUCUGACCAUUUUAGCUACCGCAGUGGAGACGUUUUUGGCGAUAUUUUUCCCAUUGAGGACAUUAAUUUCUACGAAACGGGCAUAUUUUAUAAUCUUAUCGACUUGGCUAGUAAGUUGUAUUUAUUGUGCACCGUUGUUUUCCUUUGCGCACCUUGAGAAAGAUGAUGAGGACCCUGAAGGAAAGGUUAUAUGUACUGUCUGUACCGAUUGCGAAAAGGUUGUCCGCUGGUUUAUCUUUCAAACUGUGCUACUGGCAGCCGGGUUUAUUGUCACACUCACUCUUUACUCCGCUAUUUUGAUCAAGAUAUGGCUACGAACAGUUCCGGGGAUUCAACUUUACGAAGUUCAGCGAAGGAAGCCAGCCAAGAAAAAUAAAGCCUUGAAACUUCUGGCGACUUUAGUUUUAGUAUUUUAUAUUUCUUUUAUUCCAUUUUGGAUUUAUCAGCUUUCUCUUCACUUCAACUUCAGCACAAAACUUGGUUCGUAUUAUAGUAAAAUUUCAGCGUUCUUAAUGCUUUGUAAUGGAGCAAUAAAUCCAGUUAUAUAUACUAUAUUUAACUCGGAUAUUCGCCUUGAAUUCAAGUCUUUAUUUACAUGCAAAUCACCCAGUUCAGCGAUCAUAUUACAAUCAUGUAGCAACAGAAGGCAAGACAAUGGCAAAAAGGAGUUUAGUACUGAAAGAAACUUGCCCUAUGUUUACAGCAGUACUCCAUGUGAAGACUCGCGCUUAUAAAUGCUAACUCUACGUACAUACAACAUGAAAAAUGCAAUAUUACUCAAGUUAUUAAGGUUCGAAUCAUAGUGCACCGAAAUUAGGGGUUCGCCAGCUAAUUUAUCUUGUUUCAAUUAUCAAGCAAAGAUGAAAUGCUUCAAGUUAUUUCCGAUUCAGUGGUCAAACUUUUCACAGACAUUUCUUGUCGUAACCUUAAUCUCUAUUCGCAAUAUUGUCCAUAUAUAUGUAGGUGAAUUAAUGGAUCAGAAGUUAGAAUUGAUUAAAAUGAA